AAAACUAAAAACCAUAUAAAUAGUUUUGUUUUCUCUUUUUACUCUCGUUACUUACUAUUCCAUCUACCCUUUCACCCAAAACUCCAAAACCAUCCUCACUUUGCCAUCACCCACCUUCCGGCACCGUUUUCCGGCAACACGGCACCGUGCUUCAUUCAUUCUCAAUCGAUUAGUUUUGAUCAUUUUGGAUUGACAAUCUUAGGAACAUAGAACUAAGAAAGAUUGGAUAUGGCAACUAGACGUGUUCGUUACAGCUCUCUUCCCACAGAUGAGGAUGAUUAUAUUGGUGAUCAAAGUAGGCCAUUUGACCCUCGAUUUGAUUACAUGCCGAAAGCCUUGGAAAGAGUUCCCUGGAAAUCUAUUGCCCUUGCAAUCUUCCUGUUAUUUCUUGGUACAGGACUUCUGUUUCUAUCAUACUUUAUUUUCACUGGUCAUAUGGGUGGAGAACGGUCUCAAGCUUAUGGACUUUUAGCAUUAGGAGUUUUGAGCUUUCUCCCAGGCUUUUAUGAGACACGACUUGCGUAUUAUGCAUGGAGGGGCGCCAAAGGAUAUCGCUUCUCUGCCAUCCCUGAUUACUAGAGGAUUUGAGUUAUACCUUCCAAAACUCUCAGUCAUGAUGAUCAGAUUUGGGUGCAACUUAUUUGUAUGGUUCGUAUAGAUUAAAUAAAAUUGUACAAUGGGGGUUAGAAAAUGAGGUAAAAAGAUUUAGAAAGGAUAUGCAUUAGAGUUUUGUAAGAUUAGAAAAUAACUUAAAAGUUUAGUGUGAAAUUGUUGUAUUAAGCAUCAUUGCCUGUUUUGUUCCCUUAAAAUGAGCUUAUUUUAAUUAUGUGGAAUCAACAUCAUACUGAAGUUUGCUUGUUACAAGUUUUGUCAAGGAUAGUAGUCAUUGAGGUUUCCUCUCUUUCUAAAA